AAAGAGAAAAGAAGAAAAUAUCAGAUAUUGCCGGUUGCCUGAAUCUUGCCGGCCCCGGCUUUGGGUUUUAGAUUAGAAGAAGAAGCAGAAGAGGGUCUUCACCGCUUUAUUCUGUUCAAAUCAAUACUUUGCUCUGUAGCCCAGACCCAGAUUCCAAGAAAGUAAACAUCUCUCUCUUUCUCUCUCUACCUUCCUUCUUCUUCCUCCUUGAGCUCCCUCUCUGCAUUUGCUACUUCUUUUAGCUUCAAAUACCCUUCUCUCUCUCUCUUAGUCAAAAAGAAAACCUAAAGGAAGAACAGCCCUUCUCUCUUCUUCUUCUGAUCUGGGGGUAUAAACAAAGAAACAAACAAACAUUUAAGAGCUUAAGAGAGACUAAACCUGCAUGCAGCAAAGAAAACCCAACAACAAUUUCUUACUUCCUUGAAGAAAUCGAGAAAUUUGGGGAAAACCCUUUUAUGGAAUUCAGUCUUCUCAACAACCCACAAGUUCUUAAACAAUGAAUGAUGUUAAUUCUAAGAAAAGCAAGCUCUCUUGGUCGAAGAAAUUUGUUAGAAAAUGGUUCAACAUUAAGACUAAAUCUGAUUGUCAGCUUGCGGAUGAUGUUGUUCAUGGCGGCGGUGAAUCAGAAUGGAGAAAUAAUUUCACAGAGAAAUCAGAGUCUUCUUCUUCUACACUUAAGAGGAGUAGAACAGAGAAGAUAAGCAAGAAAACUGACCGCAGUCGUCGUGGUAAAGUUAAUCUUGAUCAUCCCCAAAUCAUCAAUGUGCAAAACUAUAGUCUCUUUGUUUCUACAUGGAAUGUUGCCGGAAGAUCCCCUUCAAGCGAUCUUAAUUUCGAUGAUUUCAUACAUUCAGCACCACCAGCUGAUAUAUAUGUUCUUGGAUUUCAAGAAGUUGUUCCUUUAAACGCCGGUAAUAUUCUGGUGGCUGAAGAUAAUGGUCCGGCGAAGAAAUGGCUGUCGUUAAUCAGAAGAACGUUAAACGAUCUCCCCGGAAGCAGCGCCGCCGCCGCCGGAGGAAGUAACCGGUGUUAUACUCCGUCUCCGAUCCCGAAUCCGGUAGCUGAAUACGACGCUGAUUUUGAAGGAUCGACGGACAAGAAAUCGUCUCUUUUCCCUCGCCGGUCGUUUCAAGCUCCCCGGAGCUGGAGAAACGAGUACGAUGCUUCUGGUUCGCAGCCGCGUCUUGACCGGAGAUACAGCGUUUGCGAUCGUGUUAUAUUCGGUCGUCGACCGAGUGAUUAUCGGCCGUCUGAUUCUUCUUCGAGUCAGCGACCGAGUGAUUACUCGUCCGGCGGAGGUCAUAGACCGAGCGAUUAUUCCUCCGGGCAGCGACCGAGUGAUUAUUCGUCGGGGAGGAGGGCGAGUGAUUUUUCGAGGUGGGGUUCUUCAGACGACGAUGGAAAACCGUUUGAUUCUCCGAGCACGGUUGUGUUCUCGCCGACGUCUAGCAGCGGUUAUAUUCCGACUGAGGACGGUUACAAAAUGUCGGUUCCGAGGCAGUCUAGAUAUUGUUUGGUUGCGAGUAAGCAAAUGGUUGGAAUUUUCAUCACGGUUUGGGUUAAGAGCGAUUUGAGGGAACAUGUUAGUAACAUGAAAGUAUCUUGUGUUGGUAGAGGAUUGAUGGGUUAUCUUGGUAAUAAGGGAUCGAUUUCGGUUAGUAUGUUGUUGCAUCAAACAAGCUUUUGCUUUGUAUGUAGUCAUUUGACAUCGGGGCAGAAGGAAGGGGACGAGUUAAGAAGGAAUGCUGAUGUUUUGGAGAUUUUGAAGAAGACGAGAUUUCCGAAAGUUCAUAAAAUGGGAGAUGUGAAAUCUCCCGAAACGAUUCUUGAGCACGAUCGAAUUAUUUGGCUAGGCGAUCUGAAUUACAGAAUUGCCCUUUCGUAUCGGUCGGCGAAGGCGCUCAUCGAGAUGCAGAACUGGAGGGCGUUGUUGGAUAAAGACCAGUUGAGGACAGAACAAAGAAGGGGUAGCGUAUUCGAAGGUUGGAAAGAAGGGCAAAUAUACUUUCCGCCAACAUACAAGUACUCGUACAAUUCGGAUCGAUAUUCUGGGGACAAUUUACACUCGAAAGAGAAACGACGCACUCCUGCAUGGUGCGAUAGGAUCUUAUGGUUUGGGCAGGGGGUUCAUCAAUUAUCAUACGUUAGAGGAGAAUCAAGAUUCUCGGAUCAUAGACCAGUUUAUGGGAUAUUUUGGGCGGAGGCAGAGUCAUAUCAAGGCCGACUAACGAAAAGUGCAAGUUCUCGAUUGAGCUCUAGCUCUAGGAUUGAAGCCGAAGAACUAUUGUCUUCGUAUUCAAAUGGAUAUACCGAAUUUUGCUUUUUUUGAGAGCUUUCAUCAUUGAUCGUAGCGUGGGUCUUGCAGUCAAAUUCCCUUUUUUUUUGCUCGUUUCUCGACGAGAAUGUUCUCGUCGAAUGGAUACGAGCGAUUUCAGAAUAUCUAGCUAGGAGAUUCUUUAAUUGUUUGAGCAGUUGAAGCCCAUUUUGUAUUAUAAUUGUUUUUUCAAAAAAAAUACAGAAAUUAUGAAAGAAA